CUCGUCCCCCUCCCCAGUCCACGGCGUCCCGGCUCCCGGCGACGCCAAGAGGGCGAAGAUGUGGCUGAAGCUGUUUUUCUUGCUCCUCUAUUUCCUGGUCCUGUUCGUCCUGGCCAGGUUUUUCGAGGCCAUUGUGUGGUAUGAGACUGGCAUCUUUGCUACCCAGCUGGUGGAUCCCGUGGCAUUGAGCUUCAAGAAGCUGAAGACCAUUCUGGAGUGUCGAGGGUUGGGCUACUCCGGAUUGCCCGAGAAGAAAGAUGUUCGAGAGCUGGUGGAGAAGUCAGGUGACUUGAUGGAGGGUGAACUCUAUUCUGCUCUCAAGGAAGAAGAGGCUUCUGAGUCUGUUUCUAGUACCAAUUUCAGUGGUGAAAUGCACUUCUAUGAGCUUGUUGAAGACACAAAAGAUGGCAUCUGGCUUGUUCAGGUCAUAGCAAAUGACAGAAGUCCUUUGGUGGGUAAAAUCCACUGGGAGAAAAUGGUAAAAAAGGUGUCAAGAUUUGGAAUACGGACAGGCACUUUCAACUGUUCCAGUGAUCCCAGGUACUGCAGGAGAAGAGGCUGGGUACGUUCCACACUCAUUAUGUCUGUCCCACAAACAAGUACAUCUAAAGGGAAAGUCAUGCUUAAAGAGUAUAGUGGACGCAAGAUUGAAGUAGAACACAUUUUUAAAUGGAUAACUGCCCAUGCAGCUUCUCGGAUCAAAACUAUAUAUAAUGUUGAGCAUUUGAAAGAAGAGUGGAAUAAAAGUGAUCAGUACUGGGUAAAAAUAUACCUGUUUGCAAAGCUUGACCAGCCGCCAGCUUUCUUCUCUGCAUUAAGCAUAAAAUUUACUGGAAGAGUUGAGUUUAUUUUUGUUAAUGUGGAAAAUUGGGACAACAAGAGUUAUAUGACAGAUAUUGGUGUUUAUAACAUGCCAUCAUAUAUACUUAGAACUCCUGAAGGAAUUUACAGAUACGGAAACCACACAGGUGAAUUUAUAUCCCUUCAGGCCAUGGAUUCAUUUUUGCGCUCAUUACAGCCUGAAGUAAAUGAUCUGUUUGUUUUGAGUUUGGUUCUAGUUAAUCUUAUGGCUUGGAUGGACUUAUUUAUCACACAAGGAGCAACCAUCAAGAGAUUUGUGGUUCUCAUAAGCACUUUAGGGACGUACAAUUCCCUCUUAAUUAUUUCCUGGCUACCUGUGUUGGGCUUUCUACAGCUCCCUUACUUAGAUAGCUUUUAUGAAUAUAGCUUAAGAUUGUUGCGCUACUCCAAUACAACCACACUGGCUUCAUGGGUCAGGGCAGACUGGAUGUUUUACUCUUCACACCCAGCCCUGUUUCUCAGUACAUACCUGGGACAUGGCUUGCUAAUUGAUUACUUUGAGAAGAAGAGACGGCGCAGCAACAAUGAUGAAGUUAAUGCGAAUAAUUUGGAAUGGUUAUCAAGUCUGUGGGACUGGUACACCAGCUACCUCUUCCACCCGAUUGCUUCUCUUCAGAACUUCCCUGUAGAAUCUGACUGGGACGAAGACCCUGACUUAUUCUUGGAACGGUUAGCUUUCCCUGACCUUUGGCUUCACCCUCUGAUACCAACUGAUUAUAUUAAAAACUUACCAAUGUGGCGGUUUAAAUGUCUUGGGGUGCAGUCUGAAGAAGAAAUGUCAGAGAGUUCUCAAGACACUGAAAAUGACUCAGAUAGUGACAACAUGGACACUUUUAGUAGUAAGGAUGUAUUUGAAGAUAAACAAAGCAUAGUUCACAGUUCUCUAGGAAGAACAAGCCACUGCGAUGCUGGGGCUUGUUCAUGUGCCAAUAAAUAUUGCCAGACCAGCCCCCGUGAAAGGAAGGGCAGGUCAUAUGGAUCACAUAACACUAAUGAAGAUAUGGAGCCGGACUGGUUAACUUGGCCUGCUGGUACACUGCACUGUACUGAAUGUGUUGUUUGCCUCGAGAAUUUUGAAAAUGGAUGUUUGCUAAUGGGGCUACCUUGUGGUCAUGUGUUUCACCAGAAUUGCAUUGUUAUGUGGUUGGCUGGAGGCCGACACUGUUGCCCUGUUUGCCGUUGGCCUUCAUAUAAGAAAAAGCAGCCAUUUGCACAACAACAGCUAUUGUCAAAUGAUGUCCCAUCUUAACCAUGAGCAAUUUGUCCUUAAUAAGCUUUGAGUAUCUUACAGCUUGCCUUUCUAAUGUUAGUCACAAUGUUUUUGUGGUUUGAAGUUUAGUUUAAUGUUAGUGCAGUGACAGGAAAUACACAUUAUGCUGAUGUUGAUGACAAUUUAUUUGGUUGCCUUGUAUGUCAAUUGAAUGCAUACUAAACUGUAAAAAAAAAUUAUUUACUGCAUUGGAAAUUCAGAAGUUAAUGUUUUUUGUAAGCACAAAAGAAGAAUAGUAGAAAUUUAUCCUAGUAAGACUUUACAAGGCAGGGUCAAAUCUAGUGGGACUGAACUGGUUUCUUAUCCUAAAUGUUUUCUCCCUUUUUACAAUUUCUGUCCAGCACCUCUUGGUUAAAUAAUGUAUGCUCUGAGACAUGAAAUUAAAACAGAUCUAUGAAAUAAAUUAUUUUAAAACCAGAAGGUUAUAGGUUUUCCAAUG